UUCACUUUAGCUUAAGAGCUAUCCUGAAGACAUGUUCCAGCUACUGCUUUUCAUCUCCCCGAUUCUUGAUUUAACCGCUGCCAGAUCCUUACACAAUAGUGGUUCUAACCAGAACUGUCACAGUGGGCAAUAUGAAUUCAAUGGUAUCUGUUGUGACUUUUGUAAGCCUGGUUCUGUUGCCAAAUCAUUAGAUUGCACAAGGAAUCCUAAAAAAAAUUGCAAACUUUGCACUGAGGGUAAAGAUUAUAUGGAUAAAGACAAUUAUAUAACUACUUGCCUACGAUGUAAUUACUGUGAUGCAGAACACGGGAUGGAAACUGAACAAAACUGUACCAUCACCCAGAAUGUAAAAUGUAGGUGUAGGAUUGGUUUCUUUUGCAAUUCUCCUAAGCCGUGCCACCACUGUGAGAAAUGUGAUCAGUGUGAAAAUGGGAUCAUUGAAAAAGACUGCACCCCAACACAAAACACGGUUUGUGGGAAAAAAGAUAGCGCAAAAGACAAUUUGCGAUGGCUUUGGUUAAUUCUGCUUCUUGCAGUGAUUGUGGGACUGAUUUUAUGGUGGCGCUGUUGUCCAGGGUGCAGAAUUCAAAGGAAGCCAAAUCAAAAGGGCCCUAACGAUGAAUCAUAUGAACUUAAGAAAAUUGAGUAUCCAGAUAUUAACUGGAAGCCUCACAUUCCUGAAAUUGUAUGUGAUAUGGAAGUGAACCAAGUCAGAAAGCUUGUUCGGAAAUUGGGUAUUUGUACAGCUCAAAUCGAUGAGAUCUCCCAUGACAAUAUGUCACUAUGUGAUCAGAUUGGACUGUUUAUGUUGACAUGGCAUAUUUCGGCAUGCAUAACAUCAGCAACAGGACUAGUUGAUACAGCAAUGUUGCCAGACAAACAUCCUUCAAAAAUUACACUUUGCUACCUCAGGCGUUCUUUGUCAAUUGCAAUAUCACUGCUUUACAAGAACAGAAGGCAUUACACAAUUCACAAAGGACUUCUUCUAACUGAAGUAUGAUGAUGUGGUGUGUAGGCAAACAAAAUAACCUCCACAAAACUUUUGCUGGUGGCACAUUGAUCAUGUUUCAGCAGGGGGCAGCAUCUGAUUACAGGAUCGUGUCUGGGCUCAGAAUCUAUGUACAAAGAUAGAAGAUCUCCAAUGAUGUAGACCAGGGGUCAGCAAUCUUAAAUACUCAAAGAGUCAUUUGGACCUGUUUCCCACAGAAAACACCGGGAGCCACAAAACCCUUCCCAUGCUUGACUAUUUCCUGAGUGGCCACAAAACUAGCAUCUGUACUUGAAUUAAACAUUCUGUUUUCUUCUGAAACUUUUAUUUUCUUGGAUUUAUCCAUGGUUGGCCUACUGGGGUCAAAAAGCUCAAUAAAUCAUGUGCCGGCAGGUGUCAUACAUUGGCAGUUGUGACACACAUUUUGAGUGAUGGA